AGAAAAUGGAUAAAAUUCACUUGUACGAGAAAAUUGGAAAAGGCUCAUACGGAGAUAUUUACAAGGCGAUUAAUGAAAACAACUCACUUUGUGCUGUAAAAGUGUUCAAAUAAGGAGUAUACAGUUAACGAAUUUGCAGAGGAGAGAGAAAUAGAAGUUUUGUCAAGAGCUACUCAUCCCAACAUUGUCAACAUGGACAAAGCUUUGCUAUUUGAUAAAUAAGGUUUACCUAUCAAUGGAAUUAUGUGUUCAUAGUCUGGGUCAAGAGUUUGAAAACGCUAUUAAAGCAAAUAAGUACUUCAAAGAAAGUUCUAUCAAAUAAAUAUAUGAAGCAACUUUUACUAGGUGUCAAUCAUCUGCACAAGAUUGGCUAUAUCCAUAGAGAUAUCAAGCCAGAGAAUAUACUAGUCACUCCUCAAGGAAACAUUAAAUUAGCAGACUUUGGAUCAGCUAAAGACCUUGAUGAAGACCCUCCCUUCAGCUCUUAUGUAGCAACUAGGUGGUAUAGGCCACCAGAGAUGAUUCUUGGAGCCGAAAAAUAUUCUGCAACUUGAGAUGUUUUCUCCUGAGGUCUCGUCUUCGCAGAGUUCUAUCACCUGCUUCCUUUAUUCUGAGGCAGCUCUUCAAUGAACCAGCUGCAGAAGUACAUGAAAGUACUCGGAACUGAAGAUUUUAUAUCUUGGGAAGAAGGCAUGCUGGAAUUUAAGAAAAUUGGUGUUAAAUUGCCCAAACAAGUGAUAAAAUCCUUAAAAGACCUCAUUCCAGAAGCAUCAGAAGGUGCACUUGAUUGUAUAACAAAGAUGUUAUGCCUAAAUCCGAAUAAGAGGCCUACAGCUGCUGAGGUAUUAAAACAUCCGUUCUUCACUGAAAAGAAGAGAACACCUUUGAGUAAGAGAUAUUUUGAUACACUGAGCUCGAUACAAAGUCCAAAUCCUACUGAGAAAAAGGUUAUCAACCCUAGUAGAUCCAUGGAGGACCUGAGUAUCAACAUGACUAACUCAAGUAUGAUUAGUAACAACUCAAGCGUUAUUAAUGAAAAAUAAUAAGAAAUUGCCUAAACUAAAAAUUGGGCCACCCAAACGCAAAUUUAACAAGAAACUUAUGAUCAAUAAGAAUUCAAGUAUGGGGGAUCUUAGGAUUCCAAAAAUAAAAUCUAACUUGAGUACUUCUUCUCUAUCAAUUAUCGGUCACCAACAAAGAAGGCAGUUUGAGCAGGAAAGAUUUCAAAUCCCUUCAAUAAGUAAAAAUAAAUCUCGAAAUAUGAUGUUCCCAGCUCAAAACUCUAAGCUACCCUUCGGAUCAGUCAAUAUAUUUAAAACAGUUCAUGACCCUGUGAGGGAUUACCGAGGGAUGUUCAAGCAAUUCCAGGUUGGCGGAAAGAGCUUGCACAGCAUCUCUUCGCUAAAAGGAAUGAAGAUGAACCUUCAGAAGCUCAAAAGGCACCCGAGGUAAC